UAUUUGACCUAUUUGACCUAUUUGACCUAUUUGACCUAUUUGACUUAUUUGACAUACAUAUGUCAUAACGCUAUAUUCAGCUUACACGCCACCAUCGUUCCCGAAUCGAAGAUAGAACCGUAUCAAUUGCUAGCGAGAACACUGUCUGACGUAGGUAGUGACCCAACCGGCCGCUGACUAGCGAUGAGCCUUGCAAUCGACACAAGGCAAUGCCACUUACCGGUUUUGAUCUGUCCUAGCCGAAAAAGAAUCACAUCCUUAUUCCUCACUGUUACUGUCACCCAACCAACAUACGGCAAUUCAAACACCUAUUCUCCAACCUAUGCUGUCUAGUUUCCUCUAUCGACGAAUAUCUCUUGGAUUGGACGGAGCGAAUGCCGAGAUCACGAGCACGUAGUGAGAUCCGUCCCCGAUACUGCCGCAUGGGGGCGCCGUAAACGAGGAAUGCCACCCCAUCACCACUACUCAACCCCGGACGAACCACGUAACCUCAUCACGCUGUCGCCCUCCUCUUCCUCUUCCUCUAGCUAUGACACUAAUGUCCUUGAACCAUUGAAUAUCGAGAAGCAGAGUAGUCCUACUGGGACUAGUUUCUCUGAAGAUAUUUCCGAUUCCAUGCGAAACUCGCCAGCCAGCGCGGUAGGGCCAACAAAUCCCGAUGCACCCUGGCUAACUCUCGCUUCCUCAAGUGUAGACCACAUUAAUUUGCGAGGUGGUAGUGGUGGAUUAGACGCGGUCGGUAUUGGGAAAUCCCCGUCCGUCGCCGGAGAUGUGCAAUUGGAAAAUGAUGAACUGCGGCGAGGAACUACAGGAGUUGGCACGGGCGCGAGGAGUAAAGAUAGGGAUGCUAGCAUUGCAGAGACUUCGUCCAAGAUCUUAGAAAAUAAACGGUCUAUUACCGAGUACCGGGCGCGGCUUGCGAGGGAAAUGGAACGUCGGGAAUACGCGGUUCGAGGCUCCCCCUCGCCUUCGAGAAAUGUAUCGGAGAAGACACGAAUCUCACCUAUUAAGGAAGAGUCUAGCACGACACCUUCGCCGACAAAUAGUUCUGACGCUCCGACUGCUUCGAGCGAGUCUAACAGGACAGUCCGCGGUGGUAUGACCCCUAGCUUCACGGCUCGGACGCCGUCAUACCCCUUUCCACGCAUGGGUACCCCUAAUUUCACCUCGACUUACCUACACAAUGUUCUUGCUCAGCAGUCUCAAACUGGAGUCGUGAAUGCUGCCGGCGCACAGUUUGGUAGCUUUGUGCUACAUGACCAGUUAAGGUCGGACCCCUCGUCCCCGGCCUCUGCAAUGACUUUUUUACCCACCGGAGUUAGUACUAAGUCCUCGAGUCUUGACUUUCCUACACCUAAUCUUUAUGACUUAACUUUGAUGCUCUCGGCGGAACCUGGCUUGGAGGCUUGGUGGAAUACCGUUGUCCAGAUUAUGACUGGAUAUUAUAAGGCCGAGAGGGUAACUCUUUCUAUUCCAGCUGACCCGACAGAUGUUGAGAAUGUACCUUGGGGACAAAAAGCCACUUAUAACGCUUUAGAAGAAGAUGACUUAAGUAUGGGAUACAUCGCGAAAGGGACUAGUCUUUUCGCCAAGAGCGUAGACGACCAGUCCGAGUCUGUACCGGGUUACGAAGGACCUCCAAAGGAUGAUAGGCCCAAACGUCCGGUGAUUCAAAACCGUCACUCUUUUACAGCUUAUGAAGAUAAAAAGGAUACUGGAGAGAUGGACAAGGAUCAAGCCUCUAGCUCAAGUUCUCAGCGACCGAGUCAGGUCAAAAGGAGCAAGAGUUAUUAUCCAAGUGGUGACAAGUAUGAUCCAACCUCGCCUCUUCCUACGUUGAACAGACAGGCAUUAGAGGAGCACGAUGCUAUCGAAGAGCAGCAGCCCGUUCCGACAUGGGAAGCGAAGCUAGAGCCUAAGCGAGAUAUCAAAGGUCGUCUCCUCCCGGUGUUGCAAGGCCUUGAUUUUGAAGCAGAUCCGCUUAUUGAUCAUAACGGUAUCACUCGAGUUGUUGAGCGAGGCAAAGUGAUUGCUCUAACUCGCACCUACCCCUAUCUCGAUCCAACCUCUGAAGAGAAACAACAGCAGCCUAAGAGUACCAAAGCCGUCCCAUCGGAAGAGUCUCGGAAGUUGGCAAGAAAGCCUACAAGGACCGAGUCCCAGACGAAAUUAUCUUCAUUGCUGGCAAAUGCGAGCGCACCUCGAUCUCUAAACCGAAAUUUUAAAUCGCUAUCGACAGAUAAAAAACUUCCUAGUUUAUUCUCAGCCUUAGAUGAUAUUCCACCACGACCUCCUACUCCGAAGUACGAAGAAUAUGAACAAGCACCUCCGUCGCCAUGGUCUCAAUCCCCAGCACCCUCACCCGCCGUCCGAGCCGAUCCCUCGGAAAAUCCCUUUUUCACAGACGCUGUAGUUGAUGAAGAGUCGUUCAACCCUGGACCGAGUCCACAGGACUAUUCAUCGACACAACCCCCCGAGACUAUCGGUAUCGAUAACUCUUGGACUGUUCUCCAUGUCCCACUUAACCACGUUCUCCUUUCAAAACCUCCCCCAAAAUUCAAGUUGGACCCCUCUGCGUUAGAACAGAAGGCUUCUCAGCGGGGCCAUACCGAGCCGGGUGUAGAUUCUGCCAUGUUACAUGAGCGCCCAUCUACCGAGGAAUUAGCCAAGAACAAACAUCUGCCUAUUGCGAUAUUGUCGAUCUUAACCCCUAUUAUACCCUAUCCCUCCAACUUGCGCCACUCUCUUGAACACCUGGCACCUCAUUUAGCGGCAACUUUCUCCCUUUGUCGACACUAUUCAACUCUCGAGACAGAAGUAAUGGGCCUUCAUCGGAAACGACCCUCUACUAGUGGCUUUGGUGCCAUUGGCCCUGAUGGACGACCAGUAGUGGACCCUACUAUGCUCGCUCAUUUUAAUGCUGCGACGCCUGAAGAUGUGUCUCUGCGGUCGGUUACUGGAAGCCUUACUAGCCCUAGCGAAUACUCUGGUCCAUCAAGAAGUAUCAACGCCUCACCUAGUGGGACUCCGCUCUGGGACUCCGGCUCUUUUGGAUUGGUUGUUGAGAGGCGAACUGCCGGUACCAGCCCCGGCCAGCCGGGAGGCGACAGCUAUUUUAGUUCGGUCCCUAGAAACGGAGGGACUCCCGCAGAGCCACCAACUCCAGGAUCGUUAACUCAGCGUGUUCCUCGAUUCGGUAAUAAGGAAGGCGGCCUUACCUUUGGUAAGCAGCUUAGACGAUCAGGAAGCCUUCUUCAACACCAGCAAGACCUGAGCUCAAUUGAGAAGGAAGCCGAAGGCUCGGAUAUUAUAUCCCGUAAUGUUGAUCCUUUCGAUGAGGUAGUGAUCAAUCAAAUAUCAAGGCCAAGGCCCACGUCGAAGGACUUUUCCGAUGUUAAUAUUGGUACGGAAAGUCAGCAAUUACGGUCGGAUAUCGACGACGGUCGGAAGCGGUUGUCUGGUCAGAGCAUAUCAUCUAGCGGUCAUAAGCAUACUAUGCUACACUCGUACGGCGGCGACUUCUCGGCAACCUUUCAGUCCUUACCGCCUAGCACGUCUCUGCUCACAAAACCCACGUCACAGUGCACAACGCCGAUUCGAUCUGCGUCUGCGUCCGCGCCGCAUGUAACUAUGCUCCCGCCUUCGGACCGACUAAAAGGACUUAUGCUGGACUUACUACCGGUGCACGUAUUUGUUGCAUUGCCGGUGCACGGGGAGAUUGUUUGGGUUAAUAGUAGAUAUUUAACUUAUAGAGGCCAGACUCUUGCAGACUUGGUCGCGGAUCCUUGGGGGAGUUUACACCCGGAGGAUCGUGAGGAAUACAUGCGCGCGUGGACACAUUCCCUUCGGUCGGGCGACCAAUUCGCCCAUACCGUCCGCCUUCGUCGCUUUGACGGUGCGUAUCGAUGGCACCAAGCUCGUGCGGUAGCCUCUCGUGAUAGGCGAGGGGUUAUAGUACAAUUCAUCGGCUCCUACAUGGAUAUCCAUGAUCAGAAAGUUGCCGAGCUAAUGGCACUGCGUCAACAGGAGAUUGAAGUCUCGGAAGCGAAACACCGUCUUUUAGCAAACUUGAUUCCGCAGAUAAUAUUUACCGCAACUGAAAAUGACGGGAUCACAUUCGCGAACGAACAAUGGCUAUCUUACACCGGCCAGAGCGAGGAGGAUGCGUUAGGAUUAGGAUUCAUAGAUUUUGUACAUCCGGACGAUUUGGCGAAGUGUCGACUACCGGUAGAGCGCUCAACAGCGGAGUUCUCCGAUAGAGAGAGUACGCCCGAUCCACCUUCUCGAGAUCCUACGUCGACGGAGCACAAUCCGAUACCCACAGGCGUACCAAUGGGCAGCCGGGGUCCGUCUCGAAAAAACAGUUUCAGCUCGGCUCGUGAAUUUGUCACAGCAGAUCUAGGGGAUCUUUUUAAGCAAGGAAUUCUCAAAGUUGCGACAGAUAGCAACGGGCGGCUUUCUUACACGACCGAGGUGCGACUUAGAUCUAAGUCCGGUGAAUACCGAUGGCAUUUGAUUAGAUGUGUGGAAAUCGACGACGUUGGUUUCGGCAGUGCCGCGAGUUCCUACUUCGGCUCGGCGACCGAUAUUAACGAUCACAAGCUGUUGGAGGAGAAGUUAAAGGAGGCCAUGGAAUCUAAGGGCAGAUUCCUGAGCAAUAUGUCCCAUGAGAUUCGCACGCCGCUCAUUGGUAUCUCUGGAAUGGUGAGCUUUCUACAGGACACAACGCUUAACGAAGAGCAGAGAGAUUAUACAAAUACGAUCCAGACAAGCGCCAACAGUCUUCUCAUGAUUAUAAACGACAUACUGGACUUGUCUAAGGUUGAUGCCGGCAUGAUGAAGUUAAGUUUCGAAUGGUUUCACACUAGAUCCCUCAUUGAGGAUGUCAACGAAUUGGUGUCGACAAUGGCGAUCGCGAAGCGGCUCGAACUUAACUAUAUCGUAGAGGAAAAUGUACCUUCUUGGGUUAAAGGCGAUAGGGUUCGAAUUCGACAAGUGCUUCUUAAUGUCAUAGGCAACGCUAUCAAGUUUACCAGCGUCGGAGAGGUCUUCAGCCGGUGUAGGGUCUACUCCAGCAGCGCGGCCAAUCUUUCCGAGAACCAGAUCAUGCUUGAGUUCUCCAUCAUCGACACUGGCCGAGGCUUUUCCAAAGAAGAAGCCGAACUUAUAUUUAAACCCUUUAGUCAAAUUGAUGGAAGCAGCACCCGACAACAUGGCGGCAGUGGGCUGGGCCUCGUAAUUUCAAGACAGCUUGUAGAGCUUCACGGAGGGAAAAUGGACGGCAGUGCUGUACCCGGGAAGGGUUCGACGUUCACAUUCACCGCCGAGUUUGGUUUACCAAGCGCCGAUGACCAUCCUCACGUGGCCAGUACUCCACCAAUGACUGCGUCUGUACGAUCUCCAGCGGAAGAGAAGCCAACGCAUUUGAUUAAGCCUCUUCUGUUACAGAGAACGAUGGAGUCCGCUCCGACUGCUAGUCCCAGCUUAGAUGCCGAUAUUACAUCGCCUGUUGCCCCCGAGUCAUCUGCCAGCUCGGAUCCUUCGGUUCAGUCCGUUCGUAGUCUAACUACUACAAGAUCAUCGAUUUCGUCAGUUAAUGUUGGUCUCGCGCACUUCAGUGAAGCCGCAAAAGCCAGUGGACAAGAUCUUUCCCAGAUGAAAUUAGAGAUGCCUUUAAGAAAGAUGUCACCUCAAAUAGUACCUACUCCGGAUGGGUCUAAAUUCCCCAUAGGGUUGGCACAAUUCCGCCCGCCAAUGUAUUCGAUCCUCAUCAUCUGCCCUCAAAAAUAUAGCAGGGAAGCUACGACGAAUCACAUCGAAAUGACGUUGCCAAAAGACGUUCCACACCAAAUAACGGCAAUGGCAAGCGUGGCGGAGGCUGAAGAGGUGAUCGGCGGACACGAAUCUGUUACCUUUACCCAUGUUGUUCUUAAUCUACCCUCGGCCGAAGAGAUUAUAGGAGUUAUUGAUAAAAUAAUCGCAAGCUCUGGCGGUAAGACGUCGGUCCUAGUCUUGACGGACUCUGUUCAGAGACAGGCAGUUCUUAGGCUAGCAUCAGAUCCUGAGCACCAGAAGCUUUUGGAAGAAAAACGAAUGAUGUUUGUAUAUAAACCCGUGAAGCCAUCCCGGUUUGCGGUAAUUUUCGAUCCAGGGAGAGAGCGGGACCUGAGUGUGGAUUUGAACCGUUCCAGCGCUGCACAAAUGGUGGAGAGUCAGAAACAAAGCUAUUUGGACGUGGAGAAGCGGAUUGGUAAUAAGGGGUACAAGGUGCUUCUUGUCGAAGACAACCCGGUCAACCAAAAAGUACUGGUCAGAUAUCUCAACAAAGUGGGCAUCGAGGCGGAAAUUGCCGCGGACGGCGUUGAGUGUACCGAGAAGGUGUUCGCACACCCGCCAAAUCACUACUCUCUAAUAUUGUGCGACCUUCAUAUGCCGCGUAAAGAUGGCUACCAGGCUUGCCGGGAGAUUCGACAAUGGGAGGCGCAGACCAACUAUCGGAAGUUACCUAUCAUCGCCCUGUCGGCGAAUGUCAUGUCGGACGUACAAGAGAAGUGCGCAGCGGCUGGCUUUAGCGAUUAUGUGACGAAACCGGUCGACUUCGUUGACCUUAGCACGGCGAUGUCGAAAUUCUUCUGAUCCUCUGCCGUCGGCGGACAGUUGGUCCUUAGCAAUCGCUGCUUUCAAGACAUGGUGGAUGCAUCUGCAUGGCGUUCCCAGGAGAUAGAGUUUUUAAAAAGGGACAGCGUUGUAUACCACGAUUACAUCAUCGGGUGGUCGAGGUUGGAGAUUUUAAAAUAUUUUGUAUUUUCUGCUGAACGGGGCGUGUACCACUAGGAUAGGGUAGAGCAUAGGCCAAGACCCAAGGUUCACAUACGGUUACGGGAUCUGCGACGCUCUACUAGGAGGAAUUUGUACAAAUGCAGGCCGGCCAUCAGUCGAGACGGCCAAACCCGUCCGGCAGCAUUCAUCAUUCAUCAUUCAUCAU